AAGGGUAAAGCCUUUCUUCUUACCUUCUCUCUUCUUCAUGCAACAACAGACGGAUAAAAGUGUGAGGGAUUUUCUUUGCCCUUAUUUUCUCAGUGUUAUAACCGACGACCAACGUCGGGAUCUGGGUCAACUUCGUUUGACCAUAAGGUUAAGAAUGUAAUUAAGCGUACCGAACUCUGUCCUCCCCAGGCCAGGGGGUUUUUUUACUGUUCUGUUUUAAAUUGUUUAUUUAUUUAUUAUUCAUUCGGUUCUGUCGUUGUUGUCUUGCUCUCUCUUCCUUUUAAGGCCUUUUUUUUGUGCUUUCCCUCUUUUAUAUAAGGUCUGGGUUUGCUUUUUUUUUCUUUUAUUUUCUAUUUCCUCUCUUUAUCUCUUGAGCCGCUAGGAAAGACAGAGAAAGCAAGAGAGAGAAAGAACGGACGCUAAUUAAGAUAGGUAGAUUAGAUAGGGAUAUAGAGAGAAAUAGAAAUGAGAACAAGGAGAGGCCUUUGUUACCCUAGAGCCGAUGUUUGUGUAGAGAAGCUAGUAGUUAAGAGGAGAGAUUUCGCCGGAGAUAAUAUGGCAUGCCGGAAAAGGCAAAGAUUCUCGCCUGAGAUCGCCCGAAAGAGUGAUUUAUUCGAUGCUUUACCCGAUGAUCUUGUCAUUUCCAUACUGUGCAAACUAAGCUCUACCGCCCGUUGCCCUUCCGAUUUCGUCAACGUUUUGAUUACAUGCAAGAGAUUAAACAGUUUAGCACUCCAUUCUCUGGUAUUAUCCAAGGCCUCUCCGAAAAUGUUUGCCAUUAAAGCCAAAAACUGGUCUGAUUCAGCUCACAGGUUCUUGAAGUCUUGCGCUGAUGCCGGAAAUGUUGAAGCUGGUUACACUCUCGGCAUGAUUCGUUUCUACUGUUUACAAAAUCGUGGGAGUGGAGCCUCUCUAAUGGCUAAGGCGGCGAUUAGCUCCCACGCGCCGGCGCUUUACUCCUUAGCUGUGAUUCAGUUCAACGGCAGCGGCGGCUCAAAAAACGACAAGGACCUCAGAGCCGGUGUGGCUUUGUGCGCGCGAGCUGCUUUUCUUGGCCACAUCGAUGCCCUGCGUGAGCUCGGUCACUGCCUUCAGGACGGCUAUGGCGUCCGACAAAACAUCGCUGAAGGUCGUCGAUUCCUCGUCCAAGCCAACGCCCGAGAGCUCGCGGCGGUUUUAUCAUCAACAGCUGCUUCUAACAUCCCUACUCGCUCUUGGCUCACGUGGAGCCCACACCCGAUCCCGCACCCAAACCACCGUCAUCCGACAGUCCCGGGAUGCCCGUUGCUGAGUGAUUUCGGAUGCAAUGUGCCCGCGCCGGAGGCGCAUCCGGCUAGCAGGUUCUUAGCGGAGUGGUUCUCGGCUCGGGGCGGGAUGCCCGGCCCGGGUUUGAGGCUAUGCUCGCACGUGGGUUGCGGAAGGCCGGAGACAAGAAAGCACGAGUUUCGCAGGUGUUCGGUUUGUGGGGCUGUGAAUUACUGCUCACGCGCUUGCCAGGCUCUUGAUUGGAAGCUGCGCCAUAAAGCCGAGUGCGCGCCGGUAGAGCGGUGGCUGGAUGAAGAAGGUGAUGGUGGCGAGGGAAACGGAGCGGUUGAUGGGAACGACGACGUCAUCGCCGAGAGCUAAACACGGUAACGGCGAUGUUAACGCCCAUGGUAAUAUAUCAGUUUUUAAGGCCAUGAAAGAAAAUGAAAAAGUGGAAAUGGACAAAAACGAGGCCAGUUUUGGUGGAAAUUUUAAAUUAACAAAAAAAAAAAAACUUUUACUGUGGUCGUCGACACGGCGGAGUUCUUACUUUCCCUGUGUUCCCUGAUUGUAGAGAGGGGUAAACCGGAGAAAUCAGGGGGCUUUUGUAUUUUUUUUCCUUUUUUAAUCCUUGAAAACUUUUUCCUUUUUUUGUACUAUAGAGCAAUGUUCGCCUUAAUUUGGGUAAAUUAAAAUUCAAUUUCCGGUAUUUUUCUGGGAUUAUGUAUCCAA